UGUCUGUACCCUGCAGGGAUCAGAGCAUACAGCUUGGUCUCCUGGCGCAUCAGGGUAUGGUUGCCUCCACAGUUUGCCCCAGACAUGCAACUACUUGCAUCAUACCUGCACACAGGUCACACACACACACACACACACACACACACACACACACACACACACACUCAGUCACGUUUUCUUUAUGUGCUGCAGAAUAUAAUCACUGUGCCAAGAACAGGUAACAUUUUCCUUCUUGCGUUUAUGACAGUGAUGCUGCUAUAUCAUGCGUGUUCCAUAUUUGUUUCAGUGUCAAGACACUAUUGUAGUGUUCAUACAACACUGGGCAUUUUGUGGUGUUUGGUUAUUACAUAAAGUUAUUACAUAAAGAUUAAACAUGAAAAUGAGCUCAUUAUAUAAUUUCAAUUCAAUUAAAUUCAGUUUUAUUUGUAUAGUUCUUUUUACAAUGGACAUUGUCUCAAAGCAGCUUUACAGAAAUAUAUAAACACGGGAUGCAGAUUUUAAAUGUGUGAAUUUAUCCCUAUUGAGCAAGCCGGUGGUGACGGUGGCAAAGAAAAACUCCCUAAGAUGUUAAGUGGAAGAAACCUUGAGAGGAACCAGACUCAGUAGGGAACUCAUCCUCAUCUGGGUAACAACGGAUAGUGUAAAAGUAAAAGAGAGUUCACUGUGGUUUUUACAUAAAUCUGUUUGUUGAACUAGUCCACUGUAUGUAUAAUAUGCUAUAAUUAAAUAUACUACCAUACUGUCAUUUUCAAGAGUUUAAGUCUGCUACAAAUAAACAGCUACAUGACAUCACUGAAUUGCAGUUUCUGUACCCUGCAGCAUCCCAUGCUACACUCCAGAAAGGCUUCAUAAAUACGAAAUCCAGGGGCUGAGUGGGAGUUCUGAAGGAACCAAUGUGGAGAUCCCUCCUCUCUUUAAAAGAGGGACAGAAAGUAGCAGGAUCUUAUUCACAAGCCCAGCUUCAGGAUGCCCACCACUGCAGCACACUCACGAAACUGACUGGAACUGAUGCUGGAGUUGAUCUACACACACGUUGCUUUCACACAGGGACACAGAACACACCUGGACAGAUAAUCAUCUUCAAGGAGCUCUGCAGACAAGAGAGAGAGUGUGAGCCAUGGGUCAGUGGUUGAGCUGGCUCCUCUUGCUGACAGGACUGCUGGGGGUCUUCACGCAAGAUUAUUACGAGGAAAAGACAGGAGAGAGGAGAACCAGGGUUAAUGGUCAAACAACAAACUACCUGAAAUAUGAUGGAGCAGCCAUUUUGGAUGAAGACUGUGGUCUUGAAUUGGCCUUCCUUGUGGACAGCUCAGAAAGUGCCAAGGGCCAUCACCAGCAGGAGAAAAAGUUUUCCAUGGACAUUGUGGAUGGUCUGCAGAGCAUCCGUUUGAACACUGGGCGCAAAUUGAGCUGGAGAGUGUCAUUACUACAGUACAGCAGUCAUGUCAUCAUUGAGCAAACAUUCAAACACUGGAGGGGCAUCGAGAACUUCAAAAGCAGCAUCACUCCCAUGGGCUAUAUUGGCCACGGCACCUAUACUACCUACGCUAUUACCAACAUGACGAAGAUCUUUUCCGAGGAGUCCAGAGCAGGUGGCAUCAAGAUUGCACUGCUUUUUACAGAUGGUGUCACCCACCCAAGGAAUCCUGACAUCUUCUCAGCCGUUGCUGAUGCCAAGAAUCAGGGAGUGAAGUUCUUCACCAUCGGCAUCACACACGUUGCCAAUGAGCCUGCCAACAUCGCACGUCUGAGGCUGCUAGCCAGCACACCCCCCUCCCGCUUCCUCCAUAACCUUCAAGAUAUACACAUCACUGAAAAGAUCCUUAGUGAGAUUGCUCAACUAGCAGAAGAUGAGUGCCCUGUGUCUCAGAAAUGUGUAUGUGAAAAGGGGGAAAAAGGAUCAAGUGGCCCAGCAGGAAAGAAAGGUCGCCCAGGUGACGAUGGAACCCCUGGGCCUAAAGGUCAAAAGGGUGAAGGUGGGUUGAGUGGACUUCCUGGUCGUGAUGGCUCAGAGGGUAAACCUGGAUACAAAGGAGAUAAGGGAGACAGAGGUGAAUGUGGCACACCAGGAAUCAAGGGUGACAGGGGUCCUGAGGGUCCUGUUGGUACAAGAGGAUCCAGAGGGUUGCAGGGUUUACCAGGACCACAGGGUGACAUCGGACCAGAAGGCUUGCAAGGCAAGAAGGGUGAGCGUGGUUUGCCUGGUCCACCUGGCCUUCAGGGCGAGACUGGGAUUGGACUUCCAGGGCCAAAGGGUGAUAUGGGAUUUCAGGGUAGACCUGGUCCUCCUGGACCAACAGGAAUUGGAGAACCAGGACCACCUGGGCCUCAAGGUCCACAGGGUGUUCAAGGAGAAAAAGGACCACAAGGAGAAGGAUAUCCAGGACCAAAGGGAGACCGGGGGCCGGACGGACCAAGGGGCCCAAGGGGACAACCAGGCGCUGGAAUCAAAGGAGAAAAGGGUGAGUUUGGGCCUGCAGGGCCUCCAGGACCAGUUGGGCUUCCUGGGUUUGGCAUUCAGGGCGAGAAGGGUGUGGAGGGUCCAAGAGGGCCUCCAGGCGGAAGAGGUCCACCAGGAGAGGGUCUGCCUGGACCAAAGGGUGAGCAAGGAUUACCAGGAGAGACUGGCAGCACUGGAGAGAGAGGAAUCGGAGAACCUGGACCAAAGGGUGAGCCUGGUGCUGCAGGACUGGCAGGUUUACCCGGACUUCCUGGAGAGGAUGGCGCUCCAGGCCAAAAGGGUGAGCCUGGAGCCUCAGGCCUGAGGGGACCUGAAGGUGCAGCAGGAAUUGGUACACAAGGAGAAAAGGGAGACCAGGGCCAGCGGGGUGUCAGAGGUUUACCAGGCCCACCAGGUAUUUCUGGCCCUUCAGGUGCCAAGGGAGAGCCUGGAACACCAGGACGAUUGGGCAUGCCUGGAUUUCCUGGGCGAGCUAUCGCAGGACCAAAGGGUGAUGUAGGGCCUGCUGGUCCUCCUGGACCAAUUGGAGAAACAGGUUACGGGCUGCCAGGUCCAAAGGGUGACCGUGGCAAUUCUGGCCCUCCUGGGCCAUUUGGGCCAAAAGGUGAAGGAUAUCCCGGACCAGUGGGUCCUCCUGGUCUUCCAGGUCUUCCCGGAGAGCCUGGACCCGAGGGCAUUGGCUACCCUGGGCCAAAGGGUGAUGUUGGUUUCCGAGGUUUACCAGGUUUGCCAGGCCCAACAGGUGAAGGGAUUCAAGGACCACCGGGUAACACAGGAAGGCCAGGACCACCAGGACCGGCCGGGCCCCCAGGAGAGGGCAUUCAAGGCCACAAAGGAGAUCAGGGGCCACCAGGUGUCACUGGACCAAGAGGACCACCAGGGGAGGGACUCACAGGUGCUAAGGGCGAUAGAGGCUUGCAUGGUGAGAGAGGAAUGAAAGGAGUUAAAGGUGAAAUGGGUGACCCUGGACUCCCUGGGCAAUAUGGAAGACCUGGAGAAAAAGGCGAGAUGGGCCUCACAAGAGAGGACAUCAUUAAACUGAUCAAAGAGAUUUGUGGAUGUGGCAUUAAAUGUAAGGAGAGGCCAAUGGAGCUGGUGUUUGUAAUUGACAGCUCUGAAAGUGUCGGUCCUGAAAACUUUGAAAUCAUAAAAGACUUCGUCAUAGCACUAGUGGAUCGUGUCACAGUAGGCCGCAAUGCCACACGCAUCGGCCUCAUCCUAUACAGCCUCGAUGUCCAUCUGAAGUUCAACCUGGCACGCUACAUGACCAAGCAGGAUGUCAAGCAGGCCAUCAGGAAGAUGCCAUACAUGGGAGAGGGGACAUACACUGGUACAGCUAUUCGCAAGGCUACACAAGAGGCUUUUUACAGCGCCCGCAAUGGAGUCAGCAAAGUGGCCAUCGUCAUCACUGAUGGACAGACAGAUAAGAGAGAGUCUGUGAAGCUGGACAUGGCAGUGAGGGAGGCCCAUGCUGCUAACAUUGAAAUGUAUGCUCUAGGGAUUGUUAACACAUCAGACCCUACGCAGGCUGAGUUUCUCAGGGAGCUUAACCUCAUUGCCUCUGACCCAGACAGUGAGCACAUGUACCUUAUUGAUGACUUUAACACCUUGCCUGCUUUAGAGUCCAAGCUCGUAAGUCAGUUUUGUGAGGAUGAGAAUGGAGCACUCAUCUACAAUCGCAUCACCAAUGGUGGCAAUGGACACAACGGAUACAGGCACAAUGGCUACGAUACCCACAAUAAUGUCUUAUAUGGGAAUAAUGGCUAUGGGAGUCGUCAUGUAGAAGAAUUUGACAGGGGGGUUAAUGUUCAGAGUGGAACCUAUUCUGAACGAAUCAACCCUGCACCUUUCAGUGCUAAGAUUGAUUUAGACUUAAGGAGUCAAGACCAAGGUGGCCACAAAUUAACUGAUGUCAACACUGAUGUCCUAUCUGUACAGACUGUGCAUGGGAACAGCAGAACAUCUCACACCAGCAUCAUAUCAUCAUCACUGCCAUCAUCAUCAUCAUCUUCAUUACUGCCAUCAUCAUCUUCUUCUUCAUCAUCAUUGCCAUCAUCAUCAUCAUCUUCUUCUUCAUCACUGCCAUCAUCAUCUUCUUCUUCUUCUUCAUCAUUGCCAUCAUCAUCAUCAUCAUCAUCAUCAUCUUCUUCUUCUUCAUCAUUGCCAUCAUCAUCAUCAUCAUCAUCACCAUCAUCAACAUUGUCCUCUUCUUCCUCAUCGGUAUCUGUUAUAUCUACUUCAGUGAACGUACAGCCCCAGCCCCGUCCUGUUGUAGUCUCAGCUCCUCUGGAUCCUCGUUGCUCCCUUGUCCUGAGCCAGGGGACCUGCCGAGACUACAUCAUCCGCUGGUACUAUGACAAGCAGGCAAACUCUUGUGCCCAGUUCUGGUAUGGAGGAUGCGGGGGUAACGAGAACCGCUUUGACACUGAGAAUGAAUGCAAGAAGACAUGCGUUCUUACCAGUAUAGCAGGUUAAAAUGGAUCUCAGAGGAUGAUAUUUUGAAAAAAAAAAACUGAAAAAAAACAACAAAUCGACUGAACUGAUGCUUUUUUUUUUUUUUUUAACUCUUCACCAACUGCCCUGAAACUGCCAUCAGAACAUUACCCUUCUUGCAGCAACUUCAGAAAAUAUGUUUAAAGAAAGUGGAAGAAAGAGAAAAUU